UGGACAGCCGGCCGAGGGCUACUUGUUUUCCCUGCUCUUUCCUCGAAACAAGCGACCUUUUUUCCUGCGUGUUUGUCUCAAUCCUAACGCCUUUUGUUCUUGUAGCUGCCGUGGCGCGAUAGAUUGUUAAUACGUGGUCCACCGGAGCAUGUUGUAAUCGAGCUUCCAGCGGACAUCAUCGACAUGCAUUUUGAACAGUUUGACUACAUUUCGCUUGACCUUGCGUGGCCACUCCUACCGGUUACGGCCAUCAGCACACAUAACAGCAGCACAACAAGCAUUGCACCCGAAGCAACGAGCACAGGAACCACAGCACAGAUGGGCACGGUAGAAUCGGUAAUGGCAGCAGACCAUUAUACUGCACUAGAGCAACAUAUGCAGAACAUUGACAGCGCCGGCAGCGACAAAGCGGCCUCUUCAAGAUCAACAAUUCAUGGACACCAGCACGGGCUGGGAGCGCGAGAUCUGCUGCGCGGCUCAUUGCUCCGGCGCAGCCCACCGCAGGCACUGUCAGCCCCCAUGUCUGUGGAGUUCGACCUGAGCACUGAUGAUAUGGAUGACGGUGAUUCGAUAGUCAUUGAGGACGACGAUUUUGGGAUGUCGCAGAUGCUGGCGCGGUCACAGCUCGCUAUCGAGCACAAGGCAGCCAGCAGCAGUGGCAGUGGUCGGAUCCGGCUGUUUAAAAAAUCGUCGUCAUGCGCCAAUCUACCAUCCGCAGAAACCUAUACCGCGCCUUUGGCGGUCGGCAGCGAUGAGCUGCCGAUGGCUAGCAAGUCUCUGCAGUCGCUAGACAUCAACUAUGCAUCAGUAGUUGGAGCUGAGGAGAUGACGGCGCUGGAAAGCGGGCUUGAGAAGACCGAGAACGAGACGGUGCUGCUGGCCCAGGGGAGCAACGCUGGCUUGUUUGAUUUCCGGCACCGGUUUACGCGCCAUCUAUCGCGUGCACGUGGGCGAAAGGCCCAGAGCCAGAGCCAGCGUGGGAAGCACCGUGCGGGAUCGAACCCCCCGCCUGUCGCAGAGAAUAGUGCGGAGGCUGUUGAGCAGGCAACUACGGAGUCCAUGGCUAAUGAUUUCAGCGAGAAGCUGGCGAAUGGCAGUGCGUCGCUUUCUCCGUCGGCCGGCUUCCGGUUGCUGAGUCUCGAGGACCUGCACGAGCAGUACUCGGGGACGGCUUGCUCCAGCUCGUCGUCGCUGUCGUCGGGCUCGUCGUCGGGCUCAUCUGGCAACAGUUUGCAUGAGGCCUGGACGAUGGGCGAGGACAGCAGCGGGCUGCUCUCUGAGUCGAUCGACCGCAUGUUUGGUGCCCGGAUCGAUGGCGCAGAGAUGGACAGGGGCGAAUUGCCACCAUCAGGUUCUGGCCAUUCGUCAUCAAGCUCGACGAUCUCGUCUGGGUCAUCAGCGGUUACUCUGUCUGACUCUGGCUCUAUGGGCGGUCACGAGCCAUCGUCGCUGUGCGAAAAGCAGUCUGUAGAGAUGAACCUACACAGUCUGCUCGAUGCACUCGACUCGCCUGGAUAUUCAGAGGGCAUGGGCAGUGCACCCCAGCACCAUCAUCAGCUGUACCACGGCGUUGAUGACGACGUAUUUGACUACGACGACCUGGUGUUCCUGGGCCAGCGGGUCUCGUCUGAUAGCAACAGUAGCAGCGAUGAUGACGAGGGAAUCGGGCGCGGAUCCACAGUGAAGUGCGGCAAGUCGCAGCUGCAGACGGCUACGGCCAAAGUGCGGCGGUGGUGGCCCAAGCGCGUACUGCCGGUGCACAACAUGCAAUACAUGCCAAAGCUUAGCCGCAUGAUGGGCGGAUAUGCAUGUGAAGCGAAGUAUGAUGUGGACAUGUACACCACUGCCAGCAGCCCUGAAUCUGCCUGGGGCCAUUGCGAUGGAGGCAUGCGCGAUUGUAGCAACAGCAGCAAGAGUGCUGAUUACUGGGAUAUCCUCAGUCGCUGCCCGAUGCGGCCCACCUCGGCUCUGGCUCUGUCAUCGCUAAAGGAGAUGGCCGGCGGCCAGCAGCGCUAUCGCAACGAGGACGACGCUAACAGCGACGAGGAUGACCGGUUUGAGGAUGUUGCUGGCACACUGCACGGCAGUCGGCACCAGUCUGCCGGCAGCCGCAUGCAGCGUGCCAAGCCGAAACAGAAGCGUGUACUGUCCGAGCCCAUGCAGUACAUUCUGUACAAUUCAUACCUGCGCUACUACGGCGGCGACAAGGGCUGUGUUUAGAUAGCACAUUCAAUUGAUAUUAUCUCUGUACUAGAAUUACUCUGCUCGCUAUGCGAGCUUGGCUGCUAGUCAGCAUGGGUUAACAUGUCGAUACAAACAUCACGGCGAACCGGUCAUUUG